AUGUUUUCCAUAGGCCUACAAAUUCCAGCACACGUCCUUCCAACUGUUGUAUCAGCCGGAGAUUCUGACGGAGACGACGAUUACACACCGGCUCUGCCAUCCGACCUUACUGCUUCCCACGCAGCUGGGCCUUCAAGCUUCGUUGCCCUCAAAAGCGAAUCGAAUACCUGUACACCGCCUCCAAAACGACACUACGUAGGACCGUCAUUACCUCUCUCGCAAGCUCCUUACAAUGAUGAUUCAGAUUUAGAUGUUAGGCCUCGACCACUUCCUGCAGCUUGUGCUUCACAAAUAGAAGGAAAGUCAGGGGUGGAGGAGUUAUUGGAGAGGGAGGAAAGUUCAGGAAGAGGCGACCAAGCUGAAAAAGCUUCAGCGGGAAGAGUAGAUGCUUGUACCUCCAAAAAGUGGCGACUUAUUGGCAUUCAUACAGCACUUGAUCCGACGAAAGCCAGGCCUCGUCACGAAAAGACAGCAACGUCUUGCUACGAAGUUGCUGGACGCAAACGACGUGCAGCAAAUACACCAUCAGAAGAGGACUCGGGUGACACAGCAAAGCGACGGCGACGGGAUGAAGAUAUUUGCAGUGGACGGCCUAUGGACGAUCAACAGAGGCAGAAGAUGCUUCGGAAUGCCAAAGGACUCGCAGAGCGUUUCGGUAGUGGGUGCAGUGGAAGUUUUCUGCAAGCUUCUGACACUACCAAAGACGCUGGAACCCCAUUGAGCCUUUGUCGUGGACCGUAA